AUGAACUUAAACGUGUUUAACAUUAAAAAGACUCAGAAAGACUAUCGUUUGUUACGAAAGUAUGAAAUCCUUGAAGUCACAGUUGAAGGUAUCACCGUUAAGAAAUUGCAGAAAAAGGGAACUAAUCUUAGAUUCGUAUGCGCUGAAGAUGUGUUCGAUGUGAUCGAUGCUAUUCAUCGUGCACGUGGGCAUGGAGGUAGAACUAUUGUCUUUAGGGAAACAAGUGAAAAAUAUGCCAAUGUUUCAAGAUCCCAAAUUGAGUUGUAUUUACAGUUCUGUGAGGAGUGUCAUCUGAAAAAAAGCACUGUACGCAAGUCUGUGACUGUGAAGCCAAUUGUAUCCAACAGUAUGAACUCACGAGCUCAGGUCGACUUGAUCGAUAUGCAGAGCCAGCCAGAUGGAAAACAUCGUUUCAUUCUGAACUACCAGGAUCACUUGACGAAGAUGGUGUGUCUUCGGGCUCUACAGACGAAAACUGCUGAAGAGGUUGCUUUCCACCUCGUUGAUAUAUUCUGUGACAAAGGAGCCCCCCAUAUCCUGCAGUCUGACAAUGGAAGAGAAUUCUCAAAUAAGCUUGUCAAGGAAGUUCUGAUGAUGUGGCCAGAGUGCAAGAUGGUUCAUGGCAAACCACGACAUUCCCAAUCGCAGGGCUCGGUGGAACGUGCCAACAGGGAUAUUGAAGCCAUUCUCGCAUGUUGGAUGAAGGACAACAACUCUACACAAUGGACACCAUAUGAGGCCAUGUAUGGACAGAAGGCUCGUCUUGGUGUUGACGCAAAUUCUGUACCAGAGGAAGUCCUGGACGGUAUGCAGACGGAGGAGCAGCUUGCAGAGGCACUAGGUGUUGUCAAUGAGGUCACAGACACAGAGGAGGAAGAGACAGUGUUGAUGAAAAGCAAGAAGAAGCAUCUGCUGUCAUUAACUGCAUCUCCUGUGGCAAAAGAUAUUUUGGUUUAA